AUGACUUCGCUCGAUGAAAUGCUCAUCUAUGCUCGCCAGAACAAGCUAGCUGUUCCUGCAAGGCGAGAAGCCCAUUACCUUCUCAGAGAGACCUAUCUGCAGUCUUCCCUUCUACAGGACCCCUCCCUGUCUCAGUUGGAUGAUGUUCCUCUCCCAAAAGACCCCUUUGUCUUGUCUAAAGAGACCCUCCAGCUCGUCAAGCAAGUCUACGCUGCUGCUACACAGGGACAAGAGACACUCCCUGUUGCGUCUCUUGUGGAUUUAAAGCGCUACUACCUCGACUUGCCCCUCUUCAAACGAGAACCGCACGAAGGCAAGACCUUCAAACAUCCGACGUGCUUGGCAAGCGCAGCAUCAUCUCUGCCUCGCAGUCAUGAGAUCCAUGCUCUUCAAAACAUCUGGCAGAGUCUCAAGCCGCAGUUGCAUGAGACUGCUAAGCUAGUAGUGGACGCAUGGCCACUCACUGCUCCUGAAGUUGAAGCACUUGAAGCAAUCAUGCGACCAGUCCAGCCUGACUCCGUUGCUACACGUCGUCAAGCAGGAAAGAGUCAGCAGUCCUUGGUCCUGGAGUUGCCGCUUCCUACUAGACGCUAUCCAGGGAAUGCAUACCGCCUUGCUGUUAAGCGCUGGGCACUACCAGAAACCAAUCAGCUUGAUUCUCUGGAAGAAGCAGAAUUGAGAGAGCUGAUGCAGGAGCCUCUCUCACCGCAAGAUCUACAAGCUGCGCAAGAAUUACGACGAAGGGAAGAAGUUGACUUCAUUCGAGAGCGUAUCAGAUUGCCAGACUUUCACUUUGAGCUUCCCGAAGUACCGCGCGUGUAUCUAGGCAAGACACUUCCUCAAGAAAUACCCAUGCAAGAUGUCGCCUGUCUUUAUGAUGCAAGCAGUACGGAUCUACCCUAUGCCAUGGAUUUGCCAAGCGAUCCCUACACGGCGUUUCCACCAGAUCACCUGAACCAAGCCGUCGAACAGCUCCGUCUCGCCCUCCCAUCUUUACAUGACCCGCAAGCAAUCACACUGGAUCGUUCCAUCUUGCCACAAACAAUGCUGGAUAUUCAUCGGGCACGCCAUGCGAAGGAUAGAGGGUUCACCGUUUCGGCGCUACCUGCAAAGCAUCUCGAUUUACAAGUCACUUGGAUGCCAUUUUUGGGGAGAUUAGAGGCCAUACGAGGAGAAGAGACGAUGCCAGGUGAAGAAUUGGCACUUGACUAUCUCAUUGUGCAGGAAGAGGUGAGGAAUGCGCCAGCGGUGAAGGACGUCCCGCAUGUUGCCUCGUCAUCAACGCCCGUCAAGCCUCGACCCAUUGAAAGUCAUGUCAAGGCGGUACAAACCUCACCAAGCGUAUCGAGUGUGUUGAGCAAAGCGUCUGCAAUGGAUGUGCUCGAAGCCAUGUAUGCAGUCGAUCGCGCGUUUGAGAAACAAGACCAAGAAGGGCUUGUCGUGCAACAAGAUAAGAACUCGCAAACAGAAUUGGUCGAGGAGCCUGUUCUGAUCGUUUCCUCACCAAAAGUCAAGGCUCGCUGUGCGAGUGUUUCAUCAGAGGACAGUCUUGAUCGGCUUGUCAAACGACGCAAGAUGGAUACAACACGGCUGAACUACCCAAAGGAAGUACUACAAGAUCCUAUGCUCGAGAUGAUGUUGGCACAAACAAGUAGGCUGCCGGUCCUUGCUACGUCGCCACAUCGACAGACCGUUACAUCUGCAACUUCUGCCAUUGCAGUAGAUCCCCAACCAGUGGCUACAACAACGACUUGGAGCUGGAUUGUGACGCCUCGUGUGCUGGGUAUUCCAAACUUACUGCGCACACUGAAACUACGAAUGCCAAGCAUUCAUUUCGCAGAACGCGACUGCCCCGCGGAUGAAGCAGAUCUCAUCACCUCCUAUGCAAGCGCUAUUUCACUUCUCCCGCAAAGCGAGCUUCGUGACCUGGACGCUCUCUAUCAACGGCUUGCGUGGCUCUUGAAGCGCUAUCGUGCACUCUCCGUCUUGCUUCUACUGCCAGCAUACGACAGAUCCGCUGCGCUUCAGAUGGCACACGUGGCAAGUUGGCUCAAAACGAAUGCAUCUGAUAGACAAGAGACAAGCUAUGGAUAG